GUCCGCGUAUUUUGCGGAAGGUCCCUCUGCUUUGCUUCUUGCGUCAACGGACGUCAUCGAACCUUCGAGGACGCGCACCCACAAGCACCCAACACACACGCGCGUACGUAAUAGUAAAUGCGCGCGUUUUCAGCAUCGGCGCCGCGCUGUUUACUGGGGGCAGCGUUCACCACCGCACGUCGCACCGCAUCGAACUCCGACGCUGCGAAUGCUGCGGGCCCGCCGUCUGCUGUUGCCGCUUCUCCUCCGAGCUCGUCCGCUGCCGGGCCGAAGGUGGCGCCGAAGAAGCCGCGUCGCCGCAUCGCGAGCAGGUUGGAUGCCGCCGAUCUGCUGAAAGGCGUGCCGAGCGCACCCGGCGCCCACGCCGAGCUGUCCACCGCGGAGCUGGAGCGGAAGGUGGAGGAGAUGUCCCGCCUGAACCCGAAGCAGCUCGAGGAGGUCAUGCGCAAGUUCGAGGAGCAGGAGGACGAGAGCAGCCGUGUGCUGAGCGACGACUCGCUUUACCAGAUGGAUGUGUCCCUCAAGCCGCGCAGCUCCGGCGCCGUGCGGGUCUUCUGGAAGGACGUGGACGUGGUGGAGUUGAAGGACCGCUACCCGGGCUGGUACGCCGUGACGGUCGACGGGCGCAAGGUGAAGGCCUUCGAGUCGUCGCAUGCGCUGGCGGUGCCGAGCCUCGCCAUGGCGUGCUGCUGCGCCCAGGAGUACGCGGAGCAGACCGGCUACCUGAACAAGCUGCUGAUGCCGAUGUCAGACAUGUGCAGUGGAGCUCUGCACAUCGCCCCGCAGAUGUUGAACCCCCGCAUCGAGUACCUGCUCUCCUUCUUUCAGAAUGACAACCUGUACUUCCGCGCGGCGCCAAUUGCGGCGAGGCAGGACGCGAUGAUCGCCCCGAUCGUGCAGUGGUUCGAGCGGGUGUACGAGAUGGACGUGCCACGGGUGGCCGGCAUUGGCGACCCGCACAUCACGCCGCACGCGACGGCGAAGAUGCGCGAUGCCCUGCUGGCCAUGAACAUGAACCCCUAUCAGGUGCUCGCCAUGUGUGUCACGGCGCAGUUCACGAGCAGCCUGCUGCUGCCGUUGGCACUCUUCAACGGGGUGGUGGAUCUUCCGACAGCGCUAGCGAUCAACCGGGCGGAGGAGCACCACAACAUCUCCGAGGCGGGGCUCGUCGAGGGCUACCACGACAUUCGGGAGGCGGACGUCGUAACGAAGAUUUGCGCCUGCGCGACGACGUGGCGGCUGAUGGAGGGCGUCUCGCUGGCGAAGUGCUUGGAAGUGCCCCGCGUGGGAGGCGCUCAGGAUGAGGCCGAGGAGGUGUGA